AUGACUACUCCCAAUGUGCUUACCUUUGAUGCUGAGGGUCGAGCUGUCGACUUUGAGGUCUGGGUCGAUGAUCUGCAGCUUUUCCUGCAGUCCGAUCGCAAAGACGGUCUCUCACUGUUCGAUCUCACGUCUGGCGUCUCUACUGCCCCUGCUGCCAAUGCUGACAGUACUGUUCGCUCACAGUGGACCACACGAGAUGCUGCUGCCCGUCUUGCUAUGCGUAGUCACCUGCCGUCCUCUGAGCACGCGCACUUUAGUCAGUACAAGAGUGCUGAGACCUUGUACGACGUUGUAGUAGCACGCUACUCCUCCCCUGCCACUGCUGCCCUUAGUUGCCUCAUGCUGCCGUACCUGUUCCCUGACCUCGCCGCCUUUGCCACAGUUGCUGACCUCAUUACGCAUCUCCGCACUAGUGACACCCGCUACCGCACUGCGCUUCCUGCUGAGGACCACUUCCUCUCUAUUUGCCCCACCAAACUCAUCGUUGACCUCAUCGAGGAGCGCCUCCUGGCCGCUGAGAAGAGUAUAGUCGCUGUAGGAGCCUCUCGUGGUGACUCUCGUGCCCCCUUCUUUGAGGGGUGCUCUCCCUCCCGCCUUUUGCCCUCUGUUGCCUCUGCUGCUGCUGUCAACCUCGUUGGCACCGAGUCGCGCCAGCAGCAGCAGCGUGCUCGUGAGACCCCGCCCCCCCAGCAGCGCGCUCGUGAGACCCCGCCCCCCCAGCAGCUUCAUGAGUGGUACGCUGCGCGUCAGCGGGGUGGGGGUGCUGGUCCAUGUGCCUACGUCCUGCGUACCGGCGACCGCACUGCUGCUGCUCUAGGUGCUGGUGAGGCUGCUGCUCUACGUGCUAGUGCGUUUGCUGCUCCAGGUGCUGGUGAGUCUGCUGCCCCAGGUGCUGGUGAGUCUGCUCUCUCAAUAACCACGUCGGCUUAG